CCUACCGGACCACAGCGAUUCUCCGCCCCGACGCGACCACUUUUGAGUUUGGAGACCAUUGCCAUUGGAGUUUACAGAGAGAAAAUCAAUUCCCACUCUUCUUUUUUCUGUAUUCCUCUCGUCGAUUACCCAUGGCUGCCGCAUCUGCCACUUCCACUGCCACUGCCACUGCCACCGCUAUUCAUCGGAAUCAGGUUGAUCUGUCCGACUUCAUUAACUGGUCUGGUGUCGAGUGCCUUAACCAGAAUUUCAGCCACUCUCUUACUAAUGCUCUUAAUCAGACUUGUAGGGACAAUGAUAGCUUGCUUUUGGAGAGUGAUGCCGAUGAGCAACUUCUGAUAUACAUACCAUUUAACCAAGUCAUUAAAUUGCAUUCCGUGGUCAUUAAAGGACCUGAAGAGGAAGGCCCUAGGACUGUAAAGCUUUUCUCAAACAAGGAGAAUAUGGGAUUUGGCAACGUCAAUGACUUCCCUCCCAGUGACACAAUUGUGUUUUCACCAGAUAAUCUUACGGGAAAGCCAGAAGUUGUAAAGUACGUUAAAUUUCAAAAUGUCCGUAGCUUGACAAUUUUUAUAGAGGAUAACCAAUCUGGGGCUGACACUACGAAAGUUCAAAAGAUUGCCCUGUAUGGAACAACGGUUGAAACAACAGACAUGAAGGGUCUGAAGAAGAUCGAGGAUCACUGAGCACGACGAGAGACGAAUCAUGGACUGUCUCUCUCAUAUGAUUAUGAGUAAUCGAUACCAAAGAUCAAUUUGCCAUAAAGAUAAGAACUAUAACGACUGUCGAUGUCAUAUCCUGGAAUUUUGAUCGGUUUGUAUACCUGUUCGAUUGGUGGCGCUGCGUUACAUCAUUCAAUAUUUCGCACCUAUGCACAUUAUAAGGUUUACAAGGAUGAUCAUGGUGAUAAAUUCUCUAACUCUUAGCUCUGCUUGAACAUGGUUGAGAAAGAUUAAAUCAGCCAUUCUAAAGAAUAUAAGGAUGGUGGUUUUGUUUAUGCAUGUGGUGAAGGAUGUAUCAUUUAGACUCAAUAAGGUUGACCCAACCAUACUAAUAAAUCACCUAUUAAGAUCAA